AUGAAGGGGAGAUCGAAUUCGGGCUGUCGGUCAUCCUCUAUGAUAUCCCCUUUGCCAGAAGAAGCUUCCUCUCUCGGUCCAACGCCUACCUAUCCACCUCCAAGGUCCCCGACAACGCAUGGAAGAAGCUUCGCCCCAACGGUCGGACUGGGUAUAUCUAUGGGUGGACGGGGCCCUCUAUAUACUUCGUACAACAACGCGAGAGGAUUUUCGGACAAUACUUCCUUCUGCGUGAGCCCUAGCGUUCCAAACAAUCUUGCCGUCACCAGCGGCUUCCUGAACGUGCCUGUUGGGGGUGGGAACUUCGGCGGGAGAACAUGCUAUGGAUUCUACGGGUACUCUCCACCGUCGCAUACCCCACUCAGCCUGUAUGGCUCACAAGUAGGGAGCGCAUCUCACGAUUAUACCUCGGCUAUGGAUGUUGGUGCUGGUCACCAAUUAUUUCCCAGCCAGAUAGCUGGGAUGCGGGGUGUGUGGACCACGACGCCAGUUUCAGGUCCGACAACGCCGCUGCAGCAGAUAUCGCAGUCGAAUAACUGUGCAGGAGAGGAUCAAUGGAACCAGGGAUUUUAUCCGGUGAAAAGGCCCCCCCAGCCUCGUCCGCCCACUUUGAAGACUACCAGCGUAUCCCCAUGUCUCACAACACCAAAGAGCGAGAGUGAUGAAGAGGACCAGCCCCCGGGGCAUCAACCACCAAGCCCUAUGUCAAUAAAGAUCGAGACUGCGCCGGAAGAUUCUUCACUUGAUAGAGCGGACUCCAAACCCCAAAAGACAAUCACAACUCCAUAUAUUGACGAUGGGCUGGUCUGCCAUAUUUGUGGCUUAACGUUUACCAGACGCUCUAACCGUCUUGAACACCACAGAAAUAAGCAUGACCCAGCUUUUCAACGAACCUUUUCUUGUGAGCGAUGCACCAAGCACUUCAAACGAAAGGCUGAUCUCAAAAGACACUUUGGAAGCGUUCACCUUGGAAUACGAAAGCAUAGUUGUGAAUGGUGUGCUCUUCGCUUUGACCGCGGGGAUAAAUUAACCAGGUAA